AUGGGCAGGAAAGAUUUUUUUGCUAAGCGUGAUGAGAGGCGCCGUCUACAGCGGGAGAAGAAUGGCUAUGUCCCUGGAGCCCAUAGGCAGGAAGACUCAAUUCGGGAAAAAGACAAGAGACUCCCCACAACCAACAGUUUACACCAAAAUGGAUUUGAUUCCUACAAAACUGCUCCAGGUUGUUCAGCUCCAAGCCAUGAGAUGAUCAAGGAAUUCAUUCGCUGGUACAUUAGCUCUACUACGGGAAGACUGGCUGAGGAUGAGCGACCAACGGUGCGAACCGCAAAUGCGUGUGCCGAGCGUUUCUUUAGUGGAUUUGAAGAGUUCACAAAAGUCAAAAUUAUCCCAGCUGACAGAAAAGAAAUAAAAACCUGGAUCAAGAAAACAUUGACGGCAGAUGGCACCAUUGUAGACAAAAAAAAAGAGAAGCUCAAUUUCACAAAGAAUGAUUUCUUGAGAAUCGUUUCAUCUCUGUGGCAGACAGAUCACCAAGCAUUCAUUCCUGGGUUGCUCAAGGUCGUCAUUCUGUUUGCUCUUCAAUUGUAUCUGUUCACUGGAGCAAGGGUCGGUGCUUUUAUACCUUCCAGUGAGCACAAAAAUGAGAGAGGUCUUCGAUACAAAGUAAGAAUCCUUAACCAGAGCGAUCUGAAUUCAUUCUCAUCUCUACUCCAGCAUAUUGAUCUGGUUCUGCUUCCGUCAUCUAAUGCUCCUUGGGCAGUGGGAUGGAGAGUCAAUCAGGUGUGGAUCAAGAAUAAUCGAUGCCCACAAUAUACCUUUGCGUCGGGCUACCUACUUCUCGCCCUUGCCCUGGAACACGGAGCUCUUUUUGGUAUUAAAACAGUGGAAGACCUUGCGGAAUUUGACCUUUCGAAUGGUGAAAUCCCUUUGCGAUGGAAGAGUGAGUUCUUGGAAAAGCCGGUCCUUAGACAUGCGACGGGAGAUGGACCUCAAGAAACUCCUCUGACGAAGCAAAAAUUUUGUUCCUGCCUACGCCAGAUUUUUACCGCUGCAGGCUAUUUCGGUGAACUGGCAACCGUCCAUUGCAUGCGAAGAAACUUGGGGAAAAAAGUUGAAAGAAGGCAUGGCUCAGCGCCUGUCUCUCAGAUAAUGGCACAUCGGGGAUUAGAAACUUUUCCGGAGCAUUAUCAAGCCCACUGCUCCUCCAUUGAUACAGUGUCGGCUGUUCUCGACGAGGAGGACCAGUCUGAUCACAUUGAGUACUUCCAAAGCUACGUUCAAUUUUACGAGCGAGGUUUACCUGGCGAAUUGCCAGCAGAAAUCAAGGAAAGUAUUUUGCAAAGCCAAGAUAUGGUGGACAUGAGAGCUCGGAUGGAGCUCUUUGAACAGAGCCACGAUGAGGAAUCUCUCAAGAUCGAGAAAUUGGAAUACAGGAGAGCGCUGGUUCGGAAACGCCUGGUUGAGCUUAAAAAAUAUCAAAAUCGGUGGGUUCGAGAGAAGAGAGAUCAAAAAAUUCUCAAUCGCGGGAAAGAAGAGCUGGAGCACUGGGAAAACGGUAAUCGCACACGUGCUCAAAAGUUGAUCGCACCAGAGGUUGCGCGAAUUGCAUCAGCCAUGUCCUGCAAUAAGGAGCUUUCUUUUGAUGAAAAACUUCUAUUCGUUCAAGAUUUGCAAACUCAGUGUGGUCGUGACUUUGACGUGAUCUACCUGCCCAACGAAAGUCCGAUUCAAGGGAUUUGUCCCGCGAAGGGUUGCCAAACCAACGUUGCACGUCUUAGGAAAUGCGACAGGAGUGCUCACAUUCACGGAUGUGUCCGGCGUGAGAAAGCUUUUGACCUUCAAGUAUCGGAAUCAAGGAUGCGAUUUUGCUAUGAAUGCAUGGAGUGGUUUUUAUCGAACCAAUGGAGACGCCAUUGUGAUAUUCAUCUCCAGAAAUGGGAAACUCAGCACUGUGAAGUGAUUACGUAUCGUCAUACGGUUAUUCGUCCUGGAUAUUGUCCUUUCUGCUUGUGGAACCUAGAUAUUCCCGCCGAAGCACGGCUACAGUACUGGUUGCGAAGCGAUAACCUUAGGGAGCAUAUUGAAGGGCAACACCUGAAUGAAGUCCAGUCGUCUACAAAAAAGCCAAGUUGUGGAUGUCUACGAACAUUCGACAGUGAACGUGAGCUCCGACAUCACUUACACGACGCGCACAUGCUCAACGAAGCGAUUUGGCAAAGUCCAAAAUCUCCAAGAAAGAGAAAACGCGCUUGCAAGGUGGAGACGCAAGGUCAUUCAACAAAUCCAGAAGAGGAACGCCAUAAGAAAGCGCGAUUUUAUCACUAUCCACCUCCGAGUCAAGAACGUGAGCAUCAACUGUCAAACAACAUAUCCGUUCUCAGCCCAACCGUGAAUUCGUUCAUCGAGGUGCACCCCGAACAAUAUUAUUAUUUGAGCAAAGUUGGAAAGUCCGUGUCCAGUAGCAGGAGCAGCUCAGCAUGUUUCCCCGCUGCACACUCUCCACUUGUCUCGCGACCAACAACCCCUGGACUCGAUGUCAUUGACCCGAGGCUUCUUGACCCCUUCAAUUUCAGAAAAGAGAGUGGACUUCAGUCUAGUGAUGAAGGUGCCACCCAACUGGAUUCACUGAGUCUCUCUUCGAAUGAGUUCAAUUUCAAUUUACAGCUGAAUUCAUCUGUCCUCAGCGAUUUCAGUGAGCAGCCUGGUAGCUGCACUAGCAACAAGGGCGACGGGAUCAUUAAGGCUGAACGAGAAUGCCCUGUCUCCAUAACCUCCAGCACCAAACCUGGUGCAAUAGAGGCUAAGGAAGACCCGCAGGAUGCCGAUUGUGAACGGGCUCAUGUUGCCAGCGUUUGCAAAGCUACCAGUGGAGUCGAAAAAAGAUCACGGACACCAUCGCACUUCUCGGAUUCCACGCCACGCCAAAAGAUAAAUGCAAAGGAGAAGCGCAAGCUACUUGAGCUUAAGAGCCAAAAUCUGACUCUUAGGCGUAUUGUAUCUCAUUUUCCGGAUAUAGAUACGGCGUUCCUGCGACAGGCUUGGAUGGACAUAAAGCCUUCUCGGAGAUGCACCAGAUCACGGACUAAAAGGAAAAGGGGAUGA